CCGCGCAUCUGGCGUCCCUAACGGGGAGCCCGGGUCCGCUUCCGCGGUCGCCAUGACGGCGGCCGUGUUUUUCGGCUGCGCGUUCAUUGCCUUCGGGCCUGCAUUCGCCCUCUACAUCUUCACCAUCGCCACCGAGCCGCUGCGCAUCAUCUUUCUCAUCGCCGGAGCUUUCUUCUGGUUGGUGUCUCUGCUGCUUUCCUCCCUUGUUUGGUUCAUCGCGGGGACCAUUACUGGCCACAAAGAUGGACCAGUACAGAAAUACCUGCUCAUCUUCGGGGUGCUGGUCUCAGUCCUUAUCCAAGAAGCCUUCCGGUUUGCAUAUUACAGGCUAUUAAAAAAAGCCAACGAGGGUUUGAAAGCCAUAAACCCAGAAGAGACAACACCCUCUAUGCGAUUGCUGGCUUAUGUUUCUGGCCUGGGCUUUGGAAUCAUGAGUGGAGUAUUUUCCUUUGUGAAUACCCUGUCCGACUCCCUGGGGCCAGGCACGGUGGGGAUCCAUGGAGAUUCCCCCCAGUUCUUCAUUCAUUCAGCUUUCAUGACGCUGGUUAUCAUUCUGCUGCACAUCUUCUGGGGCAUUGUGUUUUUUGAUGGCUGUGAGAAGAAAAGGUGGUGCGCCCUUCUUGUAGUCGUUCUGACCCAUCUGCUUGUGUCAGCCCUGAGACAAGACGGUUUGUGCAGAGAAGUUCCUUGAAGUGUUUUAAACCAAGUGGAAGAGAUCUGGUCAUCCCACUUUGCAAAAUCCCUGAAGUAAUUAUAAAAUAGUGGAUUUAUAAAACGUCAUCUAAUAGUGGCCGGCUGGCAGUCUGUUGAGGAGUGUGUGAUUUCGUUUCCACUCAGUGACACUGACUGGCCUAUAGAGUUCUUUGCGUCUCCUCCCCUGUGCGAAGACAGUGAAGCAGAGGACCUGAGCUUGGUCUCAACCAUCAGACGGGAUACGUAGGGAAUCGUUAUAACCUGAAACUGAAAACCGUAUGCUGCCCUCUUAACUACAUGGGGUCAGAUUGCUAAGGGCAACUGGAAAGAUUCCAUAGGAACCCUAGAGGGCAGUGAGUUUCUGUUAAUGGGGGAGGAACAACUCAGAAAAGGAGGGUGAGAAUGGUCCCACACCUCGAAGAAUAUAUCAGUGCCACUGAAUGGUACAUGUAGAAACGUUGAAUUGGUGUAUGUUCUGCUGUGUGUAUUCUCAACAACAACAACAAAAACAUAUGCUGCCUGUUCACUCUGGUUUGAAAUGAGGCUGUUACAGGUUUAUUUUGACUGUAUUAUUGGACGACAUAUCCCUAAGGACCAAGGGCUCUCUGCUCAGACCCUGUACGCCAGGGGAGAGGCGCACAUUCCUUGGGUAACAGCCCAGAUCUGUGUGCAGCAAUUCCACUGGGCCAUCCACAUUGAAAUUGUGGCUCUAAUUCAGCUGCUGUUUGUUUGGUCGUUGUUAUUUGUUUGGUAUUUAGAGAAGCCCUGGAGGUCUAGUGGUUAAGAGCUGUGGCUGCAAAGCGAAAGGUUGGCAGUUCGAAUCCACCAGCCUCUCUCUGGAAACCCUGUGGGGCAGCUGUAUUGUGCCCUCUAGGGUUGCUAUGAGUCGGACUCCACUCAGUGGCAAUGGGCUUGGUUUGGUUUUUUGUUUUUGGUGUUCAGUUGGAACAGGGAUUUCUCUGUGACUGGCCUCGACACACGGGACUUCUCCCCUGGAAGGAAGUGCGUAUUUUACCUUCACCUCGUGGAAAAUGCUGAAUAGAAGGAACUACUCAUGUGGCCUGUGGCCUCAGACUCCACAGAAAGACUGGGAAUUUGACACAUUUUAAGGUGACCAUAGGAGCCCUGGUGGCGCAGUACUUAAGCACUUACCUAGUAACUGAAAGGUCAGCGGUUUGAACCUGCCAGCGGCUCCAUGGGAGAAAGAUGUGGCAGUCUGCUUCUGUGAAGAUUACAGCUUUGAAAACCCUAUGGGACAGUUCUUCUCUGUCCUGUAGGGUUGCUAUAAGUAGGAAGGGACUUGACAGCAACCAGUUUCGUUUUUUGAUAAGGUGACCUUAAUAGAUCAUGAGCCCUGAGCAAGUUCUGGCUUUAAGACUGAAUGAUUUGUAGGUGGUACUUAUCACAUACCUGUGGAUUACUGCGAGUCCCACUUCUGCCUAGUAGUAGAGCCAUAUAAUUUUCAGUGCUCGAGCAAAGUCAGAAAUGGGGUUUGCAGCAUGCAUUCUGGGCUUAUCACGCACAGGGCUCUCUGCCGAGACACUUAGAAUGGAUGGAAAAGAACAACACAGUGGGGAUCUUUGUCCUCAUGGAAAUAUAAUCUAACUUCACAGGUUAAAACACAUAAAUAUUAUUUUAAGGCAAUUACAAAAUGCACUUGGAAAUUAUAUGGGCUAGAAUAGCUUGAAUACAUAAAAUGAUGCUAAAAUCUUAGGAGUGGAUGAAGGGCACCUGGGUAGUGGGUGUAAGUCAAGAAGAAGAGGCAGAGGACUGGCCCCUAGGGAACAUCAGUUGAGAGGUUGGAAAGGGGAGAAGGAGUAGCCAGGAAGAAAAAGGAAAUAAGGGGAGUGUGGUAGCCUGGCAGCCAGGGAAGAAAGCUGCCCAAUGGUGCUGAUAAACAAGAUGAGGACUGAACAUUGUUCAUUGCAUAUGGUGAGAGGGAACUUGUUGGUGACCUUGAUGAAAGCAAUUUCAAUGCAGAGUUGAGGGUGAACACCUGAAAGCAGUGGGAGAAGGGAAUAAGGAAGUAGAGACAGUACAUAGAAUAGAGAUAACCAUAUUGUAGAGGAAUGGGGUGGUAGCCUGAGGGGCAAGUGGGAGCCAGAGAGGGGGCAUGACUUUGUUUCUCCCAGUAGGUACCAUAGCAUCGUGCUUGUGUGAAGAUGGGAAUGAUUCUGUAGAAAGGGAAAAACUGAAGAUGCAGGAGGUGGGGGAUGACUGCAGAAGCAAAAUCCCUGAGAAGGGAGGGAAGAGAGGAAGUUUCAGCAUUAAAUGCUCAUAUUAGGUAAGUAAAAAGGAUGAAAGUCAGUGAUUGGAGAAACUAAGUUCUGCCACUUAAAAAGCUAGAAAAAGAACAAAAUAAACCUAGAGCAAGCAGGAGAAAGGAAUAAUAAAGGGAAGGGCAUAAAUUAAAAAAAAAAAAAGGGGGCAGAAGAAUGAUGAAAUCAAUGAAACAAAAAGCUGGCUCUUUGAGAAAAAUCAAUAAAAUUGCUAACGCUCUGGCCAGAUUAAUAAGGAAGAAGGAAGGCACCAAUUACAAAUAUCAGGAGUGAGAGAGAGUAUUAAACUAGCAAUUCCACACCAUUACCACAGACUUACCAUCCUAGCCGGCACAAAAAGGCCAGAAAAAGAAUGUCACCAGGUCGGGAAGGAAGAGAUAAAACUCUUGAUUUGCAGGCUAUAUGAUUGUGUAGAAAAUCCUGAGGAAGCUACAAAAAGUCUAUUAGAACUAGUAAGCAAGUUUGUCAAGAUCACAGGAUGCAAAGUCAGAAUGCAAAGAUGAGUCCUGUUUAUACCAGCAACAAACAAUGGAAAACUGAAAUUGGGUAAUUUUCUAGAUCUAGUUUGCUUCCCAAACUAUCUGCGGUAAAGAACCUUUUUUUUUUGUUUUUGUUAAUUUCCAAAAAUGAAUGACAAAAAUGUGUUAAAGCAUAGACAUUCAAAAUGCAAACCCCAAAUUGUUAUUAUUAGAUUCAACAGAUAUAAAAUUGCAUUUCAGUAAAUGUAGCCAGAAACAAACAUAGGGAAAAAGAAAAAAAUUUAGAAAAUCGUAUACAUUUAUCAAAAGUGUGUUUAUAAGCAAUUAAUAUAGAAUCAUCAUACUUAAAACUGUUUGUUCUCUUAUAACCGAAUGAAAUGUGAGUGAAAUGGCAGUUCUCCAUAUUAAAUGCCUGUACACACUAUGAAAGAAUAUUCUGUAUAACAAUAGUUGAAGUUUUUACAUGAUGAAUGAAUUUGCUUCCUCUUGGUUAAUUUAUCUGAACCAUAUUGGGUCGCUGACAAUGCUACUCUCAGAGAAUAAAACAUAUCUAAAAUGUUUGUCUACCCUACCAGAUACCAAAAUAUAUCAUAGAUCUACAAUAAUGGAAUUGGAUAGAGAGUUCCGCAACCAGCCAUGUAUGUGUGGGAAUUUAGCGUAUAAUAAAAUUGACAUUUUAGAUCAGUGAGGAAAGAAUCAGCCAUUCAGUAAAUGGGCCUGUUUGAUUAUUUGAUUCUAUUUUGCAAAAAAGAAUAAAAGUAGGUCCUUACCUUCACUAAAACCCAACCCAGUGCCGUCGAGUGUAUAAAACAAAAUCUACAUGUAUCGAAGAUUCAAAUGAAAAAAAAAAACCAUAAAAGAGCUAGAAAAAUAUUAGAAUAGUUUUAUAGUCUUAAGGUGGAGAGAGUCUUUCAGCAUUACACCGAGGCUAUAAACCACAAAGGGGAAAAAUGGGCAAAUUUGACUACACAAAGUUAAAAACUGCAUAGUAAGAGGCAUGCUCAACAAAUAUUCUUGACAUGUAUAACAAAGGGUUAUCACAUAUAAUGUAUAAGAAGCUUCAGUAAUUGAAAAAAAAUUAACAAUGCAGCAAAAAAAUGAUAAAAGGACAAAACAUAAUCCACAGAAAAAAUUCAAAUGGCCAAUAAACAUAGGCAGAAUGUUAAGUCACUAAUAAAUGCCAAACAAGUAAGUAAAUUUUAGGCUAUCAGAUUGUCCAAGAUGAAAAAGAUUGAUAACAUCACGGGUUGUUGAACAUAUGGUAGAAACAGCAUGUUGUAGGAAUGCAAAUUAAUACAGCCCUUUUGGGAUAUAAUUAGGAAAACUUAUUAGUAUUUAUAACAUUUGAAGAUGUGCAUGUUUGGAACUAGUGGUUCCUUUUCUAGGAAUUUAUCCUGUACAGAUCCAAGUACACAAGGAUCUGUAUUGUCUCGUAAAUAGUAAAGAAUUUGCCAUAAAUGUAUAUAAUGAAGGAUUGAAAUUAAGAUACCAUCGAAGAGCAGAACUCUGCACAGCCAUUAAAAAAGAAGGACGACACCCAGAAUAUGUUAGAAAAUGCAAGCAAGGUAUAGACCAUUCUUUCAUUAGACAAAUAUUUCUUACGUCAAAAUAUGCGCAGUGUGCUGGAUUCUGAGAGUAUAACAAUGAAGACAGGCAUGAUCUUAGCCCACACAGAGCACACAAUGUGUCCUAUUACUCCAUUUUAUACAAAGUUGAAAGGUGACUAUAAAAAUACACACCCACAUAUAUAAAGCCUGGGAAGAUAAACACUAAAUUGUUAACAAUGGCUAUUUUGGAAGAUAGGAUUAUGGGGGACUUUCUGCUUUAUGGAUCUCUGAUAGUGCAGUGAUUUAAGCAUUUGGCUGCUAACCAAAAGGUCAGCAGUAGGAAUCCACCAGCCGCUCCUUGGAAACACUAUGGGGCAGUUCUCUAUGAGUCGGAAUGGACUCGGUGGCAUCAGGUUUGCGUUUUUUUUGUUUUGUUUUGUUUUGGCUCUGCUUUAUACAUAAUUAUUUGAAUUUUUCAAAAAGAGCAUAUAUAUGUAAUCAGACAAAAUCAUAAUCAAAGCACUUCUAUGAUUUCUCAGUGUCCUUGAUAGAAGGCAUUGUGUCUCAUUCAAGGUCUUUCACAAUCUGAUCCCAACCACUUUUUCCUGCCUCCCACUGUUCCCCAUCCUCCCUUGCCCAACCUUCUCUGAGGCGGCCUGUACUUACCUUCCCCUUCAAGGUCCUGCUCAAACGUCACUUCCUUUCUGAAGUCCUUCCUGAUUAGACUCAGAACAGCAAGUGGCUUCCUCCACUGUGAUCCUUUAGAACUUUUAAAAAAAGAAUAAUUUACACACAAUAAAAUGCACAGAUUCUAAGUGUAGAGCUGGAUGAGUUUUAGCAAAUGUGUACACACCUAUAACCACCGCCCAAAUCAAGAUAGAGAACAUUUCCAUUCCCCUAGAAGGUUCCCUCUUGCUCCUUUCUGCCCUACAACCCACCUCACCCCUCGCCUCCACAAGGGCUACCACUGGUUCUGAUUUCUAUUUCCAUACAUUUAUCCUUGCUUGUUCUUGAACUUCAUGCCAAUGGAAUAAUAUAAAAUGUACUCUGUGGUAUUUAGCUUCUUUCACACAAUAAUUUUAUGAGGUUCAUUUGUGUUUUUGUAUAUAUUAAUAAUUUCCAACUUUUUAUUGCUCAAUAAUACUUCAUUUUAUGAAUAUACAACAAUUUGUUUAGCUGUUCUUCUGUUGAUAGACCCAUAGCAUUCUGUGCAUGUUGUUAUUAGUUGCCAUCAAACGAUUCUGACUCCUGGCAACUCCAUAAAACCAAACACAUUGCUGUGGAAUUGAUUCUGACUCAUAGUGACGCUAUAGGACAGAGUAAAACUUGCCCACAGGGUUUACAAGGCUGUAAAUCUUUACGGAAGCAGAUUGCCACAUCUUUCUCCCAUGGAGCAGCUAGUGGGAUUGAACCGAUGACCUUUCAGUUAGUAGCUGAGUACAUAACUACUGCACCACCAGG